CCUCCUCUGCAUCAGAGGCAACACAUCCAUCGUCCUCACUCCUCACAUCCUCCGGCGGUGCUGACAUACUGUAUCUGCUUCUUUUCACUAGCCAAGCCAAGUCGGCAACCUCAGAGAGAUCCGAGAGAUGUCGACGGUGAGCCGUGCAUCCCUUGACCAGAAGCUUGCCCUCGCCAAGCGAUGCUCGCGAGAGGCGACCCUUGCCGGAGCCAAGGCGGCAGCUGUGGCAACUAUUGCCUCCGCGAUUCCUACUCUAGCGAGUGUGAGGAUGCUGCCAUGGGCGAAGGCCAACAUCAACCCCACCGGCCAGGCCCUCAUCAUCUCAACGGUUGCCGGGAUGGCCUACUUCAUCGCCGCCGACAAGAAGAUCCUGUCGCUGGCGAGGCGGCACUCGUUUGAGGAAGCUCCUGAACAUCUCAGGAACACCUCCUUCCAGGGCACAGGUCGCCCGCACCCGGCUUUCUUCAGGCCAUGAGCCUAUGAGACAUCAUCCGUCGACCUACUUCUUCUUCAUCGUCGAUCAGUACAAGCACCAGACGAUGCCGUCGAUGUCUGGCUGUCUGAAUAAUUGAACUGCUAGGCUCUGACGCUAGUAGCGUACUGUAGUAACCAUCGUGCGUGUACUAGUAAUAGGAGUCUAGUACUAUAUAUCGCGCUGUAAUUAGUUUCUACUAUUGGUGCUCAUUUCAGAAUGAAUGCAAAUUUAAUUUCUGUUACCAA